AUGACUCCUGAGGUCCUUUACGAAAAAGUCACGCUGUAUGUAGGCAGUAAGAGGAAGAAGUACAUCGUUCAUAAACGAAUAUUGUGCGACCAAUCUGAGUUCUUCAAUGCAGGAUUUAACGGCGGUUUCAAAGAGGCAACUGAAGGAGAAAUGUACCUUCCGGAAGAUGACCCUACAGCUGUUGCUAAUCUCAUCGAAUACUUGUAUCGAGGAUCACUCCCGCGCUGUAGGGAGGAUGGUGGCAGUGACAAAGUUCGUAACCUUUAUUACCUAGCGGAAAAGAUUGGCAUAUCAUCGCUGAUGGACAAACUUAUGGACUUAAUGGCAGUUCCCAGAAUUCAGCAGACGGGUCAUCUGGUCGGGUACGGUUCAGAUACGAUCAAGGAAAUAUAUGACCACACGCACGAGGAAAGCAAGCUUAGGCUCUUUGUUACGGCUGUUAAUGUCUUCAGAUUAAGAGAUCGAGGGAAUGAAAAGAAUUGGAUGAGCGAUCGUGCUAAACUCCUCCACAGUAAUCCGGAGUUUUCUCAUGAUGUGUUUAAAUUUCUCGGUAAACAUGGAGAAAAGGUCUGGGUUGGGAAGGGCGCUGACGAAGCUUUUGUGGCAGCGUUUGAGCCGUGCUAUUUUCAUGUUCAUGGACAGGACAAAGAAUGUUAUGUCAACCUCGAUAAUGAAACUCUGGAAGACAGCGAGGAAUAUACCUAG